AUGUCGCUCGAGGAGAGGCUGACCAAGAUCCGGGAUAACCCGAAACUGCAGGGUCAGCAGCAGACGCAUGUGCUGCUCUCAGCCAUCGAAGACACGCUGCGCCAGCAGAAGUCGGAAUUUACGCCCACAGCAUACUUCGCCGCUUUACUUUCGCUGCUUGCCCGCCAGAUCACUGCGCAGGGUAUCGCGAACAAGGAUACCGCGACGGCGACUAUCUACCUGCUCGACCUCGUCACUCCCAACGUCCCCGCCUCGCUGUUGCGCUCAAAAUUUACCGACAUCCUCACCAAUAUUGCGCCCGCUCUCACUGCCCAAGAUGCCGAUGCGCCACUCAUCCGGUCUUCAAUAGGAUGUUUGGAGUCAUUGCUGGUUGUGCAAGAUGCGCGAGCAUGGGAGCUGCCACAGACGACAAUUAGCCCGCGCAGGGCUGUCGCGGGUCUGCUACAGAUCGCUGUAGACCACAGGCCAAAAGUGAGGAAGAGGGCGCAGGAGGCGCUCAAGAAAGUGCUGGCAAACCCGCCACCGAGCCCUGCCCUAGAUCACCCUGCGGCAGACAUGUGCGCUGAAACGGCGCAGAAGAUGCUCAAGGACAUUGCGGCAGAGGCAGCAGCCAAAUCGCGGAAGAACAAGGGAAAGAAGGACGCGGAUAACAAAGAUCCAGAUCUGAUACACGCUUUGCAGCUCAUCAAAACGAUUGCGACUUCGUCUGGCGGGUGGCCCAGCAGCAAGAUUGACGUCCUGUGUGAGCUGCUGUUGAACAUCUCAAAGUCGACCAACGAGUUCUUGACCAUGGCCGCCUUUGAGAUUUUCGAGGUCAUCUUUGCCGGUAUGGCUGAUGAACUUGCGUCUGCGAAGCUACCCAGGCUCCUCGAAGUCAUUUCCGAACUGCAGCCCUCCAAAAACGAUACCCAGCUCCUUCCGCCGUGGAUAGCGGUCAUCUCGCGAGGCUACGAAGUUUCCGCUCAGAUAGAGCCCGAAGACACUUUUAUGAAACUCCCCGACCUUUUCAUACUCAUCGCCGAGUUCCUUACAUCCUCAUCACACAACAUCCGCAUAUCCGCAUCCGAAUGCCUGAUUUCCUUCCUCGUAAACCUCGUACCUGACAGCGUUAUUCUUGAGCCAUCCAUAUACGACGAGAAGACUUUGGAGAAGGUAGCAAAGAUUGCGCAAGACUUGCUGAGUGUCAAGUACCAGGCUGCGUGGAUGGAGGUGUUCAGCGUCCUGUCUGCCAUGUUCGAGACACUCAGGUGGCGCUCGGAUCCCAUCCUGAAGCCUGUGUUGAGCGUUGUCGGAGAUUUGAGGGGCAACGACAGCUUCGCGGGCAAGAAGGAGGCGGAUUCUGUCAUCUCAAGAGCCAUCAGCGCAAUGGGACCUGACGUGGUGCUUGAUAUUCUCCCCUUGAACCUACCGCGACCGCCACCUGGCCAGACUGGACGAGUGUGGAUGCUGCCGCUUCUGCGCGAUUCCGUACACAACACCAAGCUCGCACACUUCAGAGCCGAGAUGGUUCCGCUGAGUGAAGAGCUUUACCAAAAAGUCAUCGAUCACGGGGAAAAGGAGAAGACCAUGGAGAUCAAGGUAUUCGAGACUGUUGUGCAGCAAAUUUGGUCUAUUCUGCCCGGCUACUGUGAUUUGCCGCUGGAUCUGGUUGAGGCCUUUGACCAGAGUUUCUGUGAGAUGCUAGCAAACCUGCUCUACGGCCAAGCCGACCUCCGAACGGACGUCUGCCGAGCCCUGCAAAACUUGGUUGACAGCAACAAAGCAAUUGUGGAGCUGGAAUCUGAGGACGAUCUACUGGCACAAGCUCGAAUAUCAAAAACUGACGCAAAGAAGAAUCUUGAGCACCUAGCAGGUUUCGCGAGUAACAUGCUUGCGGUCCUGUUUAACGUAUACAGUCAGACUCUGCCGCAGUACCGUGGCACCAUCCUCCGGACCAUCAACGCCUAUCUGAGCAUUAUACCUGAGAAGGAACUCAUGGAGACUUUCGAACGAGUCGCGACUAACCUGGAGGCUUCUCUACCUGAGCCUGGCUCCCAGACGCAAGCAAACAAGCAGAAGCAGGAGACAGGGCCAAACAAGAUGCCGCCAAUGAGUCAUACUCUGAUGGAUCUCAUCAUCACCAUCGCCCUAUACCUCCCACGCGACAGUUACCGUUCGCUUUUCCGUAUGGCUGAGAUCAUGAUCAACCGGGAAAACGAGCCGCAGCUACAGAAGAAAGCAUACAAGUUAAUCCCACGUCUUGCAGAAUCUGAAAUGGGCAAAGCAGCCCUGAAAGAGCGCAACGGCGAACUGCAGCAGUUGUUGCUAGGAGGUGCUGAGAAGGCUACAGCUCCUGCGCGGAGGGAUCGACUCAAUGCUCUAUUCCAGAUUAUCGAAUCUUUGCCACAAAGCGAUCUGCACUUCAUCCCGUCAAUUCUCUCCGAAGUGGUCAUUUCCGCCAAGGAGACAAACGAAAAGGCGCGAGAAGCUGCUUACAACCUCCUUGUGGCAAUGGGUGAAAAGAUGGCAGAGGGGGGCCAAGUCAUACAAGCCAAGGUACCCAACAUGCCGGCGGAUGCACCGACUGUGGAAGCUUCGCUCGAGGAGUACUUCACCAUGGUAUCUGCUGGUCUCGCUGCCACUACCCCACACAUGAUUUCCGCGUCCAUUACUGCCGUCACUCGCAUCCUUUACCAGUUUCAUUCGCGGUUAUCGAAAGAAACCAUUACAAACCUCUGUGAUCUCAUGGAUAUUUUCCUCCAGAACCCCAACCGCGAAAUCGUGCGCAGUGUGCUUGGUUUCGUCAAAGUCGAAGUCAUUUCGCUACCAGAGUCACUUGUACGACCGCGACUGAAUGUUCUACUGAAGAACUUGAUGGUGUGGAGUCAUGAACACAAGGCGCACUUCAAAGCCAAGGUCAAGCACAUUGUGGAGCGCAUGGUGCGCAAGUUCGGUGUUGAAGAAGUCGAGCGGUGCACUCCUGCUGAGGACCGCAAGCUCAUCACUAACAUCCGCAAAACGCGCGAGCAACGCAAGAAGAAGAAGCAGCAAGCGGCAGAGGAUGGCGAAGAGCCAACUGAGAAGCGCAAGGGUAAGUUUGAAAGCGAGUACGACCAAGCCGUGUACGGCAGCGAAAGCGAAGAGAGUGAAGGCGAUUCUGAAGACGAAUUCGUCAAGAGCCAGAGCAAGCAGCAGCGAGGCGGCGCAAAGGGCGGCAAGACAUACAUCAUCGAAGAUGAAGACGAACCGCUCGAUCUUCUCUCCAAGCGCGCCCUCGGCAACAUAUCCUCCACCAAGCCCUUACGCCAACGCAAACAGCCCACAAAGAUCAACGCCCGCACAAACGAAGACGGCAAGCUCAUCCUCGGCGACUCAGACAACGAAACCGAAAUCAAGGGCAAGAAAUCCAAGAGCAAACACAUCGCCGACGAUGAAGACGUACUCAUGGACAUUGACGAUCAAAACACUAGUCUCGAAGCCGGUAUCAACGCCUACGUCGACGCCAUCCGCGGCCGCGAUACUGCCCAAGCAGGUCAAAAAGGUCGCCUCAAGUUCAGCAACAAGCGUACCCACGAAGACGACGAAAUGGACAUGGAUGACGAUGGCGAGGAGGCUGAUUGGCAGGAAGUUCGCAAAGCAAAGUCCGGGUCCGGUAUGGGUAGAGGCGCACUGAAGAAUGGCCGUGGCGGCCAGAAACCUCAGCGAAGAGCUCUAGGCCAGGAAAAGUCACGGGGUGGCAAUGUUAGCGGUGGAGAGGGAAGGGGUGGGGCAAAGGGAAGAGUUGAGAAGACGAAGAGUCCGAGGGGAAGGGGUGGUCAUGGAGGGUUUAGAGGAAGGGGUAUGGGUGGCAAGUGGAGUGGACCCAAGUGA